AUGCGAAUAGUAGGUUUGACAGGCGGUAUCGCUACUGGUAAAUCAACAGUAUCUUCCUUUCUUACAGUCCAAAAGAUCCCUGUAGUCGAUGCUGACCUCAUUGCCCGUCAGGUUGUCCUUCCAGACACCCCAGCUUACCAUUCCAUCAUCUCUACAUUUGGUUCAACCAUUCUCAACCCUGACAAGACCAUCAACCGCACAGAUCUUGGUGCUCUAAUAUUUUCCAACUCUGAACUGCGUGAAAAACUCAAUCAUAUCACUCAUCCUUAUAUUCGUCUGGAAAUGCUCCGUCAAGUCAUAUGGCAUUUUAUCACAGGUGAAACAUUGUGUGUACUGGACACUCCUUUACUGUUUGAAGCCAAGCUACAUCGAUGGGUGCACACCGUUGUUGUUGUCUAUUGUUCUGACGAUCUACAAAGAGAGCGACUUAUGAGAAGAGAUAAAAUUACAGUCAUUCAAGCUCAGCAACGUAUUGAUAGUCAGAUGCCAAUCGAUCGUAAAAAGAGUUUGGCCGAUUAUGUUAUCGACAAUACGAGUACGCUUGAAUCUACUCAGGAACAAACCUUGAAUCUCAUGGAUGUUUCCCACCCUUUAAAACCCUAA